AUGCUUUCUCUUGCAAGUGGGCAAGGUUGGCACUGCAAGCCCUGCCCUUAUCGCAGCCCCACCUGGCGCCUGGGUGCUUUCUCGGCAGGGGCAAAGACCCUCUCCUGUUGCAACCCCAACGCCCGCUUCGAGGAGAUGAGCUCCCCCAUCUCGAGGGCCCUGCUGGAGAUGCAAUAUGUAACUCCUGGAGGCGGUUGCCUAGCAACUGUCUCCGGCCGAUGCAGAGGCGCUCAGCUGGCGAGGAGCGAUCGUGGCGGGUUGGGGGGGCGAGCAGGGGAGCCCCCGGUUCACACCGAAGCAGCAUCACCAGGAGGCGGAGGAGGCGGUGAGGGGCUGGCGGGAGCCACCUGCUGGGGCUGGGGCGAAGAUUCAGCGCGGAGGAGGCGAGGGCACCAGCCCGGUCCCCGGUGCCAUGGGCGGCUGUGGGCAAGCCGGGAGCGACGUGUCGGGAGAGGCCACCAUUGCCACCACCAUCGCCGCCACGCAGCCUCCAGCAGAAGCUGUGUCCAGCCUGGACUGAGCCAGAGGAGAACAGAGGCCCUGCUGAGCCACAUGAGGCACUCAUGGGACUCCCCUCCUGCCGGUCCUGAUGCAGUGCGUGGUUGACCUGAAGCUGCGGGUGGAGAAGCUGAACGUGAGGAUGGUGCCUGGCGCCGCUGGGCCGGGUGACGGCCCCAGCCCCCGGCUCCCGCGGGAGUCCAAGGAAGACCGGGAGGAGAAGGUCCUGGCCAUGCUGGGCAUCGUGGGCACCAUCCUGAACCUCCUCGUGAUCAUCUUUGUCUACAUUUACACCACCAUCUGAGCCCCAGUGCCUCCUCUUCUGCCACCCGGGCACAGCGAGAUGGGAACUUGUGCGCGGCCAGAGGGCAGAAGCGCCUGGGCUGGUGCCGACCUGUGCCAGCCGGGCGCUGGAGGGACUUUGCCCACCUGCCUUUGCCGACUUCAGGAAGUUGCCGACGAGACUUGGCUUUGCAGCUGCACGAAGCUGCUGGGAUUGUGACCGCCCAGUGGGGCUGGGUGAUGCCAGCUCUGUGUGACGCCCCCUUGGACGCGUGCCAGGCUGCCAGCUGUGGCACAUCUGGGGACGAUGCAGGGUGACCCUUUCCAGGGCACUUGGCCCACCGAUGCCAGCGCCUGCCAGAGGCCUCUUCUACCCUGCCGCCCCCACCCCUUGCAGCGGACGCUGAGUUGGGGAGGGGGGCCUUGACUGCCUGGCCUUUGUGCCCCAUGCCUGUCACCUCGAACACCAAGAAGCACAAGGAAUUAUCUCUCUCUCUCCCCCUACAACACCUGCCCUUGCAAGCUGCCCACUGCCACCGAGGGCGAGGAAGGUUGGGG